GAAGCCAAAAGUGAUUACCAACUAUUCCAUUAUUUUUACUUCAUAUAUAUUUCACCCUCAACACGAUGUUAAGUCUAUAAAUACCCAAAUCUCCUCUUCCUUAUAUCACACAAUCACACGAAGAGAGCUAGCCAGCUAAAAUGGCUCUUUCUAUGAACUUGCUUCUAGUUUUCACUUCUCUUGCUCUUGUUCCUCUAUGCUUUGCUAGCUAUGGUGGGCCUAGUUCCAGCGGCUUCCUCUACCCUCAGUUUUAUGAUCACUCUUGCCCAAAAGCACAGGAGAUUGUGAAGAGCGUUGUUGAGAAAGCAUUUUAUGAGGAUAGAAGGAUGGCUGCUUCUUUGCUCAGGCUACACUUUCAUGACUGUUUUGUGAAGGGGUGUGAUGGCUCUGUGCUGCUGGACAGUUCAGGCACAAUCAUAAGCGAGAAGGGAUCAAACCCUAACCGGAACUCAGCCAGAGGGUUCGAGGUGAUCGAUGAGAUCAAAGCAGCAAUAGAGGAGGAAUGCCCUGAGACAGUAUCCUGCGCUGAUAUUCUGGCAAUUGCAGCGAGAGACUCCACUGUUCUGACUGGGGGUCCGAACUGGGAGGUUCCGUUGGGGAGGAGGGACUCCUUGGGUGCAAGUUUGAGCGGAUCCAACCAAAACAUUCCAGCCCCUAACAACACGCUCCCCACAAUUAUCACCAAGUUCAAGCUCAAAGGACUCGAUAUUGUCGAUCUCGUCGCUCUCUCAGGAGCCCACACCAUCGGCGACUCACGAUGCACGAGCUUCAGGCAGAGGCUCUACAACCAGACAGGCAACGGUUUGCCCGACCCCACGCUCGACCCAUCCUACGCGGCCGAGCUGAAGCAACGCUGCCCAAAGUCCGGCGGCGAUCAGAACCUCUUCGUCCUCGACUGUGUCAGCCCCUUCAAGUUCGACAACUUCUACUUCAAGAAUCUCAUCGACAAGAAGGGCCUCUUGAGCUCCGACGAGAUCCUGUUCACUCAGAGCCCUGCGACGAUGGAGCUCGUCAAGAAGUACGCGGAGAGCAACGAGCUGUUUUUCGAUCACUUUGCCAAGUCUAUGGUGAAGAUGGGGAAUAUUACUCCGCUUACUGGGAAGAGGGGGGAGAUUAGGAAGAUUUGCAGGAGGGUUAAUCAUUGAUUUGGGGUUUGAGAGUUGUGUUUUCAACCUUUGAUUAAUGAGUGGGUGUUGUUGUCUUUUACCUUUCGUUUUGGGGUCAACGUGGAUGCGAGCUUGUUGUUGCUUUGUUCAUUGUGGAGGUAUUGUUGUGUAAUUUUGUUGAAAUUGUUUCCUUGAAUAAAAUGCUCCUUGUGUUUUUUUAUUUA